AGUUAAAACUGUCAAAAUCAAAUUGACUAGUUCCGCAAUCUUAGUUACUCAAAAAGAAGUGAAAACAUUCAAAAUUUUCAGUUUUGAAUUUGUGAAAGUUAUUUAAAUUGAGUGUUUUCGAAAAGUGUUCAGUGCUGUUCUGUUUGAAGGUAGACCAAUGUUAAUAAUGUACACCUGAAAUCUCGUUUUUCAAGAUGCUUUUCUUCUUAAUGAAAAAGGGUCAAAUAUAGUUCCGGCAAAACAGAAUCUGAAAUUCAAAUCAUAGAUUGAAAAUCCGCUACGUUAUGCCCUCGGCGAGGCUGACUCUGCGGGAGGAGGACGUGGUGAGACUGUCACUGGAAUUUCUUCAUAAUCGCGAACUCCACAUCUCCCAGCUCAGUCUCGAAAGGGAGACUGGCGUGAUAAACGGCAACUACUCGGACGACGUGCUAUUUUUGCGGCAGCUGAUCCUCGACGGACAAUGGGACGACGUCCUGGAGUUUAUUCAGCCCCUGGAGGCCCUGCAGGCGUUCGAUAUGAGGAAAUUCACCUAUGCCAUAUUGAAACACAAAUAUAUAGAGUUGCUCUGCAUUAAAUCCGAGGCUAACGGCCAAGGGAGCAAUGUGGACAAUGCGGUUGAGGAAGUUGUUAAAGUACUGAGCGAUCUAGAAAAAUACGCACCGUCCAAAGAAGAAUACUCCACCUUGUGCUUACUCCUCACCUUGCCCAGACUGACCGAUCAUCUUCAGUACAAAGACUGGAACCCGAGCAACGCGCGCGUCCAAUGCUUCCGUGAGAUCUACCCCCUCGUGUCCGAUUUCUUACCGGGCGACCGCAAAUCGACCGAUGUGAACGCGAACACAACCGCAAAGAAUGACAGACUAAUACAGCUAGUAAUCAAGGGAAUCCUGUACGAGUCUUGCGUGAACUACUGCCAGGCCAAAGCCACCGGUUCUACGGACUCCCAGAGCCAGGAGAUGAAUUUCUCGAAGCUGCUGGACGGUUCUGUCGGAUUCAGCGAUUCCGAUCUGAGUCUCCUGAGUUGGCUGCAGAGCGUCCCCCACGAGACCUUUUCCGUUCCGUUCGAACAGAAGACUCUUAACGUCGAUGUUGAGAGGUUGGAGAGGCCUUCCCUAGAAACUUCCUGGGCUGAACACAUGCUGAUCACGCCGAUCAAACCCAAAACGUUUCCCCAUUCGGCGAUGCCCUUCACCAGACCUAAGUCAGCGGCUGAUAUAAUGACCAGAUCCCUGAUGCCGGUUCUUGACGGUCUGCCGUACGGGCUGAGCACCGGCGUGGCUAAUCAUAACGGCAAUCCGAGGGCGAUGGCGAUGAGCACCGGCGACAUCGCCACGAACGGACCGAUGACGAGAAGUAGCUUCGCCAGUUUUCACCUGACCGGCAUGAAAAAUAACAAGCUGAUGAAUUCUUCCGUUGAUAGACUAUUCGAGAAUGAGGGAGAAGUAUUUCUGAGUAACAGCUACGCGGAGUUUCAACAGUUACCGUCGAUCCAAGAGCAGACAAGUACCCCGACCGUACCCGUGCCGGGAAAUCCAAGAACCAGAUCGAGGAGUCCGGAUCAGAGAGCCUCCAAUGUGUCAACUCCUGAACAUAGAGGUAGGGAAUCUCCGGCCUCUACGAUAAGAUCGAGUAGAAGAGAUUCGUUGAACGAGAAACACCAGGUGGGACCGCAGGCGUGUCAACCGAUCGUGCAGGCGGCCGCAGCGCAAAUAGUGAACGAGUCGCCCUACGAACAGAAUUUUCAGGGCGACUUGUUGAAGGAGUAUCAGAAACAGAAACAGAGGCUGCAGGACACGCUGAACGCUAGGGAAAAGGAACGAGAGGAAUUGUGGAGACAGAUAAACAGCAAUGGGAACGAGUAUUUAGAUAACUGCAAACAAGAUAGUAAACUCAUCAAUGGGACAAAUAGGAACUUACCAGUGCCUAGAAGCAAUUCGAAUGGAAAUGUUCCAGGAAGGAUUCAUGGUGAAGGAGAUGUCAAAAAUUUUCAAGAAGGACUGUACGAUUCUGUAAAGCCUGUACAGCGGAGCGCAAAUGAACAAGUCAACGAUGAGAACGGUAUUAACAGACCUCGUUUCGUGCCAAUUACAACACUCGAAGAUGUUCAAGCAGUCAGAUGUGCCGAAUUUCAUCCCAGCGGUCAACUUUAUGCUGUUGGAUCGAAUUCAAAAACUCUCAGGAUAUGUGCCUACCCAAAAAUUGGUGAUAUUGGUAGAGAAGAACAUGAAGCCUACCAGCCAACCGUGUUAUUCAAAAUCACCAAACACCACAAAGGAUCAAUCUACUGCCUGGCUUGGUCUCCCAUGGGCGAUCUGAUGGCGACUGGUUCCAACGAUAAAACGGUGAAAUUGAUGCGGUUCAACGGGGACACCUCGAAGCUGGAAGGCGACGAGAUAGAAUUGUCGAUGCACGACGGGACCAUCAGAGAUUUGUGCUUCUUGGAAGACACGUCAAAUAAGUCUAGUUUAUUGAUAAGCGGAGGCGCCGGCGACUGCAAGAUCUACGUGACGGAUUGUGCGACAGGAACGCCUUUUCAGGCUUUGAGUGGACACACUGGCCAUAUACUAUCCCUUUACACAUGGGGCGGUGCGAUGUUCGUCAGUGGAUCCCAUGACAAAACUGUGAGAUUCUGGGAUCUUCGAACACGAGGAUGCGUGAACAUGGUCACCCCGUGCACAGUUCCUGGAACCAGGCAGGGCUCACCGGUAGCCAGUUUAUGCGUCGAUCCAUCUGGCAGACUCCUCGUUUCUGGUCAUGAGGACAGUUCAUGCGUUUUGUACGAUAUAAGGGGAGGAAGAAACAUCCAGUGCUUCAAGCCCCAUUCGGCCGAUAUAAGGUCCAUAAGAUUUUCUCCAUCGGCAUAUUAUCUCUUGACAGCCGGAUAUGACAACAAAUUGGUGCUUACUGAUCUUCAGGGAGAUCUGACCCUGCCGCUUCCUAGUGUAGUAGUGGCCCAACAUCAGGACAAAGUAAUAUGCAGUCGCUGGCAUCCAUCUGAGUUUUCAUUUUUGUCGACGUCUGCCGACAAAACAGCCACCCUAUGGGCUUUACCGCCCGUGUAAGGGUAUCUCCAUUCGACAAUUUAUUUGUUAAUCGAUAAGUCUGAACUAACCAAUACUCGAAUCAUUUCAGAUAUCAUUUUCAUCGAGUUGAAUAACUUCAAUGCUGACAGUUUCGCUCAAAAAUGUUAUGUCAUGUAACACAAAGGAAGAAGUCCGAUUGGAUCUCUGUUUUAGCAAUGUCAUUAGUCACUGAUGAUAUGUUUUAAAUUCUUCGUGGCAAUUUUGACAUGUUAAGCAUCCAAUGGAAUGUGUAGAUUUUCGCUUCAGCAGUGGACGAAAUUAUAUUCUUAAUAUGUAAAUAUAUUUUUCGACUCUACAAGCUUUGUAUAAAUAUUUAAAAUUUAUUAAUGUUGCUUAAUUUAUACACUAAUUGAGAAUAAUGAACUUAUUACGAUAAUUACAUCUUGUUUUCAUGUUACGACAUUUUUUUAUUUUUAUUUGAUAUAGUUAAUAAAUAAAAAUAGUGACAAGUU